UUCGACAAAAAUUUCGCAUCGGGUAUAAUCUAGGGACCUUUAGUUAUUGACAUGGACGGCCCGGCGGCCUAAGGAUGAUUUGCAUCGAUCAACCGUGCUAACUCCGCAAUGUGUGAACGAGAUCGAAUCAAGUGCCAGGGAGGGUUUGUGUGCGCAUCCUGUUGGCAAGCUCAGGUGUAUGUCCUCCUUGUGAUACGUCUGACAGGUCAAUGGAACUCUAGUGAGUCAAGCGGACUACGAAGGAGUCGCGACGCAGCAUCAUGCUCUAGUCACGCUGCCGCGAUUCUUUAAAACGACUUGUACUGUGUAGAUCCCUGACGUAUCAAUGAGU